UCAUCAGGUCAGGAGCAAGACUUUGUGCCUUAAAUCUUCUUGUUGGUUUCUCAACGGAUUACUCAUCGUGUUCUUUGCCUUGGGUAAUACAGAAGGAAAGAUGGACGGACUUCUUACUUUUGGUGCCAAGGAAAUACUGAAGAAGGUGGCUUCACUUGCCGCUCAAGAAUUCAGUCUUCUCUCGGGAUUCGAAGAAGAAGUCACAAGGCUGCGUGAUUCAUUGUACAUCACUGAAGCUAUGUUACGAGAUGCCGAACAAUCACAAGUUGGGAGCGAAGCGGUGGAACUUUGGGUGAAGAAGCUUGAAGACAUAGCUCAUGAUGCAGAUGAUGUGUUGGAUGAAUACGAAUAUGAAGUUCUCCGGCGCAAGGUGGAACUGCGAAACCAAAUGAAGAAAAAGGUACUGAACUUCCUCUCACACCACAAUCCCAUUGCAUUUCGUCACCAAAUGGCACAUAAGAUUAAGAAGAUGAACGCAUCUUUGGAGGAUUUGAAUAAGAUGGCAGCUGGUAUUGGACUAGUUGCUAGGUCCGCAGAUCCAACGUCCUUUCGUGAUACUGGAUUACUUGACAGUAGGGAGACCGUUUCUUGCUUUGUUCAAGAUGAAAUGUUCAUAGUGGGAAGGGACGAAGUUGCAUCAGAGAUAGUUACAACCUUGAUCAACUCAAGCAAUACACAAGAGAUUGGUUCUCUUUCGGUUAUGGCCAUUGUGGGAAUGGGAGGCCUGGGAAAAACAACAUUGGCUAAAAAAGUUUAUCAUGAUUCCGAGAUAAGCAGACACUUCAAUAAAAAAAUAUGGAUAUGUGUAUCUACCAAUUUUGAAGUCAAGGCGGUUUUAAGUAUGAUUUUGGAACAUCUUAAACCAAAAAAGACAGGCAUGCAAGGUAAGGAUGCAAUACUAAAAAAUCUUCAAGAAGAUUUGAAUGGGAAAAGAUAUUUGCUUGUACUGGAUGAUGUCUGGAAUGAAGAUUCCCAUCAAUGGACGGAUUUUAUGAGUUGUUUGUUAAGUGUUAAGGAUACUCAAGGAAGCAAAAUCCUUAUCACUACCAGGAGUAUUACUGUUGCUUCAAUUGUGCAAACAUUUCCUCGGUGCGAUUUGGAAAAACUAUCAGAUGAUGAAUGUUGGCUCAUAUUAAAGGAUAAAGCAUUUCUAGAUGAUAGUGCUCCUUUAACUGAAGAUCAAGAGAGAAUGGCAAGGGAGAUCGCCAAAAAAUGUGCAGGUGUUCCAUUAGUGGCAAAGGUUUUAGGAAAUAUGAUGCGAUGCAAAAAGAGUGAUGGAUGGCAAUCGAUUCUAAACAACAGAAUGUGGGAUUUAGAAGAAGGAGAUGAUAGAAUUUUAUCGGUUUUGAAGUUGAGUUUUGAUGAAUUGAAAAUUCCAUCUUUAAAACGGUGUUUUGCAUAUUGCUCAAUGUUCACCAAAGAUUUCAAAAUUGAAAAGGAUGAUUUGAUCCAAGUAUGGAUGGCUCAUGGGUUACUUCAGUGCCCUUCUCCCAACCAAAGUAAUCUAGAGAUGGAGGAUAUUGGAAAUGAAUAUUUUAAUAUUCUCUUGGAGAACUCUUUUUUUCAAGAUGUUACAGUGGAUAUGUAUACUGCUACUACUAUUACUCAUUGCAAGAUGCACGAUCUUGUGCAUGAUCUUGCAGAAUAUGUAUCAAAAUCAAAGAGCAAAGAAUCCAAUGAGUUUCGACAUGUGGCGCAGAUUUCUACCUCAAUAUUACAAGGCAUAUCAAAAGGAGGUGUACAUAAAUUGCGCUCAAUUUUUUGGAAUGGUGAAGUUCAUGGUGACAUCUUAUCAAGAUUUAAAGGCUUACGUGUGUUAAAAUUAUGCGAGGCUUUUAUCAAGGAGUUACCAAUUUCAAUUGGGGAGUUGAAACACUUGAGGUAUCUAGAUGUUUCAGGAACAAGGAUGAGGACGCUUCCCCAAUGUAUUGGCAAGCUUUAUAAUCUACAGACAUUGAGGAUGUUCAGACUCAAAGUUAAGUUCCCAAAGGAGCUGCUUAAAUUGAUCAGUCUGAGACAUUUUUAUUUUGAUCGAGAUGAUGAGAUAUAUCCAGUUGGGGUUGGGCAAUUGACUAAUCUCCGAUCAUUAUCUUUUUUCAUUGUGGGUAAGGAGAGAGGUCGUGGAAUAGAGGAGCUGGCUGGCUUAAAGCAAUUGAAAGGCCGAUUAUCCAUUCAUAAUCUCGAGCUUGUGAGAGAUGGAGAAGAGGCAAAGAAGGCAAAAUUAGUGGACAAGACAGGCAUACGCAGAUUAGUCUUUGAAUGGGACAGGUCACGGAUCAAUAUUAACGACCUCGAUGUACUAGAAGGCCUUCAACCACCGAACACAAAACUGGAAUUUUUAGAGAUUCGCAACUUUAUGGGUGAUAAAUUUGCAUCGUGGAUGAUGGGAAGUCCCUUUCCUUCGUUAAAAAGAUUAGCUAUCAUCGGUGCCAACAAUCUAAUUGAAUGGAUGGAAGCACCAGAAAACAUUGUGCUCUUUCCAUGCCUCGAGGAGCUGCGUCUGCACAAUUGCAAUCAAUUGAGAAGUGCUCCUAGUCAUUUUCCAUCUCUUAAAAGGUUAGUCAUAUAUUCUAUGGCUAGCGGCAUGCCAAUAUCCAAUAUAAGUAGCAACCUGACCACUCUGACCUCUUUGGAAAUAAAGAAUAUAAGGGACUUGAUUAUCUGCCAGAAGGGAUGUUAAAAAACAACAAGAAUCUUGCAUAUUUGAAGAUUUACAAUUGUUGGGACUUGAGUUCUGUUACCAUGGAUGAUGUAUUUGGGUGUUGCACUUCUCUUAAGUCCGUGAUUAUUUUUGACUGUCAUAAACUUAGGUGUCUGCUGGAUGGGUUGCAAACUCUUGUUUCUCUUGAGAUGUUGUAUGUGCGGGGUUGCAGUAGUCUAGAGCUCGUUCCAGAUAUGCACACUCUGACUUCUCUCUGUGAAUUAUCCAUUGAUGGCUGUCCUCAGUUAUCCAGUCUACCUAAUGGACUUGAACACUGCACUUCUCUUCAAAUGUUGAAAAUAAGGGACUGCUCCAAAAUAACAUCCAUUCCAAUCACACAGGGCCUUGCUUCUCUCUGUAUAUUAGAUAUUCACAAUUGCCCUGAAUUAUCAAGCUUGCCGAGUGGGUUAGAACAUUGUACCUCUCUUCAGGACUUGACUAUAUCUUCUUGCAAAAAGCUAACGUCCACUGGGGUUCACAGCCUCCCACCCUCCCUCCACUCUCUGGCGAUAUAUGAUUGCACAAGUCUAGAGUCCAUUCUAACUUUACAGGGCUGCCGGUCCCUCCGAAAAUUAGAAAUUAGGUGGUUGUGAUGGAGGGACAAGCCAACUGGUAACUGAGCUGGAAUACUGUACCUCUCUUCAUUCACUGUCUAUCAGAGGUUGUGAAAGUCUGGCCCAUUUUCCAGAUGGGCUACAACUGUCUUCUUCUCUUGAGAUACUCAGUAUAAACAGGUGCCCAAAUCUAGAAACUAUUCCAAGUUUAGGAAACCUCACCUGCUUGAAGAAAUUCGAAAUUGGUGGAUUUUGGAAGGAGCUCGAUUCAUUCCCUCCUUUUCAGGUUCUGCCACAACUUGAAAGGUUAAGCUUGUGCGGUUGGCGUAAGCUCAAGUCUCUGCCUGAACAAGUUCAACACUUUACUUCUCUAGCACAUUUGGAUAUAUUCGAGUUUGAAGGAAUGGAGGCUCUUCCAGAGUGGUUGGGGAACCUUGAAUCUCUUGAGUCCCUACAUAUAUGGGAGUGCAGGAAUCUGAUGUAUCUACCUACGGUUAAAGCCAUGAAAUGCCUCACCAAAAUAGAACACAUAACAUUUUCUGAUUGUCCUCUUCUAAAAGAGAGGUGCAACAAGAACAACGGGCCAGAAUGGCCCAAAAUUUCACAUAUUCCAGAGAUUGAAGUUGACGGGAUCCGACUUCAGAAUCUUCCAAUUAUCUCCAAAUGAGUACUGAUUGUUACAUUAUUCAACUCAAGUCAGUCCCUCUUCUAAAGGUACUGUUGUCAGGACGGUUGUAGCUAUGUUCGCGAACGCUAUUUUCAUUCUAAUUAUAAGUAGCAGCAUUUCCCCAAUUGCUUAAACUUGCGUUGAACCAGAUUCAGGGUAAGCUUCUUCCCCAAACGCAUGCAGUCUUGAUUCUGGGCAGGAAGUGAGCAAGGAGAAGUCUCAGAUUUUCAUUUGGGAAGGAUACAUUCUAUUGCGGCUGUUUUAAGGGACUCCGAUGGACUCGGAAUUUUCUAAUUUAUUUGGUCUCUCCCCAUUUUUUAGCCUGGCAGGGACACUGCAGUUGAUAUGAAGAUGUCAUUGCCAGUUUGUUUUGGUUUAUGCAGUUGUUUCUUGUUACUGUCUAGAAAGAGAAUUUCACUUCACCAAGGCAUGCAGCAAUGUUUCUAAAACUGUAAUUUCAUUAGCUAAACUUUCUUCAAAUAUAAGUUCAACGCUGGAUGGAACAAAUUAUGUACUUCAAAAGAAAGCUCCCCGGUAUUGUAUUACAAAUUAGACCAGCCACCUUUGCUUGGAUGCAGUGUGCUGUUUCAGCGGAAACAUAUGUUGGAAAAUUUAAUAUUAUUCUUGUUAUUAUAUCAAA